UCUUAUCAUAGAGACUAGAAUGAAGACAAGUUGAAUAACAUUUCUAAACGAAUUUUUAUAGAAUAUUCGCCGCUUAUUUCACAGUGUAAGAAUGAGAAGGUCAAAACAUAAGGAGUAAUUUAAUACACAUAAGGCAGAGGGAACCCAACUUCUCUAAAGUGCAAGUAGGAUUCAGAUGGUAUCCACGAGUUUGCCAUGCGGCAGUUUCACUUUCCUUCGAUUGGUUUCGAUGUGCUGCUAACGUCGCCUAAUAUGUACAGAUAAAACUACAAGAUUAGUUUCAAAACCGAAAAUAUACACAUGAAAGUAAGAGAUCAUUGCCGAAAAGGUAUAUAGCCUUUAAUUCAGCAGGCAGAAGCGAAAGUCGAACGUGCUGCUGAAUGAGCUGCUAUUGUCACCGUGGUAAAACUCCGUCGGUGGUAUAGGGAUUUGAACAGCCUUUAUACGUGGCUUACUUUCAUUCUAUCAUCAAGGCAAGACAAGAAAAUAGACAUAUGAUGCUUACUGUGUUUUCUAUACCAGGAAUCAAUGGACUCAAUGCUUUUAUGCUCUGAUUAUUAAAUUCGUUGGAACAUCUCAAUCAUUUUCCGGUUUGCGUUUAAUCGGUCGAAUAAACAUAACCUCCAACGCAGAUAUUUUUAAAGACAAAACAAGCAAGGUUAUGGCUGACAACAAACCAACGAACCUCCACGGAAAAUUAGGAAAGCCAUUACUGGACCAAUUCAGAAAUCGAAUGUGGGAGAUUGAUUGCUCCUCAACUUCUCCCAUCCUCCAUCGCUUAGCCAGUGAAGGGAACGAGGUUGAGCUCAUUCACAUGAUCAACAACGGAAGCGACGUCAACGAAGAGGACGCUGACGGGCUCACAGCUCUUUAUCAUGCUACAGACAGAGGACACGCAAACGUUAUAGAAAUCUUAUUACACARUGGUGCACASRUCARUGGAAAAYCUAGCCCUUUGCUCGUUGYUMRAGAUUUGAAGUCUGCCCAAUUACUCUUACUAGCUAAGGCAAACCUGAAUGCCCGAGAYGAAUUUGGAAACUCUCCAUUACAAACAGCAAUUACGAAAGGAAAUCAUGAAAUUGUAGAAUAUUUCUUGUCAGUUGGUGCAGAUAUUUUUUGUACCAAUGCAAAAGGAGAGACCCCACUACACACACUCUGUUCGUCAAUCAUGAUAAACCCAGACAACGAAACCUUAACUCGAAAACUGAUUGAAAUGGGAGCGAAUGUUAAUUCGAAAGAUUCCCAGGGUAGGUCGCCAUUAUAUUUUGCUGUCGAGAACCAUUACCUCUGGAAAAGCAAAACGGUAGAUAUUCUAAUAAAGGCCGGGGCAUCUGUCACAGAUGUAGAUUUGCGGGGAAUGAAUCCAAUACAUCAUUUUAUCGACGAGUGCAGAUCAUAUUUAGAAGGAUAUAACAAGGUCUUCUCAGAAUAUAUCAACCUUCUAGUCGUUAAUGACAGUGUAGCUAACUCCAAGAAUGCCAUUGGUCAAACAAUCUUGCAUUUAGCAAUACUCGCUGAAGCACCAUUGCAAAGUUUGGAAUACCUUGUAGAGAAAGGAUGUAGACCCGAUACCGUAGACAGUCUAAAACGCUGCUUACUACACUACAUCGUAGAACGAGAUUUAGAUGACGUUGUGGAUAUUUUACAUUUCUUAUUGGACAAGGGCCUUAAUGUCAAUUGCCCUGAUAUAUGGGGACAGACAGCCUUGCAUCAUGCGGUCGAGAAGAAUAAAAAGAAACUCGUCAAAGCUUUGGUUGAACGUGGAGCGGACGUGAACGCGAAAGACUUAGUAGACAGACAACCAUUACAUAUUGCAGCGGAGAGCGGUAGGGACGUCAUGUGCGACUUCCUAAUCAAAAUGGGGGCAAAUAUCAACGCAUUAGACAAAUAUCAGUCCACACCGCUCCAUUUUGCAGCAUGGAGUAACAAGGCUUCUGUUGCACAUGUUUUAAUCGAAGCCGCAGGGUGUGAUGCUGAACUUCGCGAUGCGUGUGGACAAACGGCGGAAGAGAUGGCGAAAUUUUGGUCUAGUCUCGAUUUUCUGCAGAUAAUCCACGAAAAAGAUGGAAAUAAUAACCUUGAAUCGGAACAGCGAAACAAAUUGUUUACAAAACAUGGUGGCGAGUUAUUGGAGCUUAAAACGUUUCAAGACAUCAUCGAUUCAAGUGAAGAAUCGCUAGGAACGUCAGGGACUUUGAAUGAAUUUUUAAGCUGCCUUCUUUCCACACCGGGAAUAGGCACAGUUUUUGGAGAUCCGGAAGCGGAAGAAAUUCGGGACGUUUUAGACAGAUUUGCUGCCAAUAUUGUAAAACGUAUAGCUGAUAAUCAUCCAAAAAUGCGCUGUACUCUGUACCGGGGAGGUAGUUCGUCAGAAGGAACCAAGACUAAAUAUCCAGAUGAGUUUGAUUAUGUUGUGUGCUUCGAUGAACUAAGUGAGAAUGUAAAUCCCAAGUAUAAAACCGAGGACGUUCUCGAAAGUUUGCAGCUGGUUUCAGAUAUAAAAGAAAAUAAAUUAGGAGACACUUCAUCAUCAGUGUCAAAUUAUACUCGAAUCGUGCUGAAGGAUCGCACAAGUUACGAGUACUCAGAGUUUACAUCCCUACAACCGAAUGGGAUUUCAAAUUACUUGAUGCUUCAUUUAUUCACACAGCAACUAUCCAAUAUCGUUUACGAUGAAAGCUUCCCAAAAGAUGAACGUUUGGUGAUAAAAGACGUCACCCUCGACCCUAAGCUGUGCCUGUUGUGGAGAGGAUCCAGAUAUAAAUCUCUGGCGAUUGAAGUUGAUUUUGUCCCAGCAGUGCGCCUUCCAUCUUGGCCAGACAAAUUUCGAAUCCACUCUCCAAUCCUCAGUCCAGAUCUUUUACAGCUUCCCUGCCUCGCUGUUCCGAAAAUGACGAGUCAACAAGAUGAGAGCCUUUGGAGGUGUUCUCUUUGUCUUGUCGAGACUGCUAUUAUGAAAAGGUGUCUUCGUCGAAUACGAAAUAGCUACAUAGCUGCAAAGUCGCUGAUCAACUCCGCUUUCAUCUGCCCCCUUGUUAGCUUUGAGGAUUACGAGGACACGAAGAUGCAUUACAAGAGUCUACAUGAUAGUGUUUCUUCGGAUGAAGAAUUGGAAAUGUAUGAACUCGUCGAAUGCAUUGUGCCAUCAUAUAUACUCAAAAUGGCUUUCUUUCAAUCCAUAGAAGAAAAAGCAGUAAAGGAUGGAGUGGAAACUGUCUUCGAUGAAUAUAAUCAGUAUACUCAACGGUCAGAAAGCGCUUCUGAUAUUGCGACGUGUGAAGUUGAACCUGAUCCAGAAAUCGUUAAGGACAUAUUCAUGAAAUGCGAUGAUUGGCUUUCCAAUGAAUUUGUUCCGUCGUUCUUUAACCCACGACAAAAUGUAUUGGGAUCAGAAAUGCUGGAUGAAAAUGGUGUUAGCAAAGCGCAGAUGUUUGUGAAGUAUAUUUUGAAACUUUUAAACGAAAAGUGUUGAAGUUCAAUAUCUGAAUCUGAAUAGUAAGCUUCAAAAUCUUCAAAAACGAUUGAUACCCGCCAACAACCUCUGGUCUGAUCUAAUAGGUCAGGGCACGGCUAAGCGAUUGAAUUUAACUUCUUUGAUUUUGCAAAAAGAGAAGAGCCGAAGAACCUGAAGAAAAACCGUCUCGAAUUACGGUAGAGACUAGCCUGCAAAGCAGGCGUUCUUGUGGAUUUGGGGAAAAACCUGGGUUUUUGGGGAACUUUGGAACUUUGGAACGAGCGAGAAUUUAACCCAAGCAAAAAAGAACCGAAGAGGGAGGGGGCGUUCUCUUUUUUUUUUUUUUUUU